AUGGUAUCUCUAGCAACCCAAGUCGGAAUCCCACCCGGCACUCUCAACUGCCUUAUUGGUGGCGCCGACGUCGACGAGGCGUUGUCAUCACAUAUGGACAUCAGCAAAAUCAGCUUCACCGGUAGCAUUAAGGUCGGCAAGUUGAUCCAAGUAGCGGCGGCAAAUUCCAACCUCAAGAGCGCUACUCUAGAGCUUGGAGGGAAGUCCCCGCUGAUCGUUUUCCCUGACGCUGAUCUGGAGAGGGCUCUCCAGCCUGCGACGAUGUUCCUCCUGACGAGCGGCCAGGGAUGUGCUUCACCCACUAGGCUGUACGUGCACGAGUCCAUCGCGAACGAGCUCAUUGCAAAACUCAAGGAUAUAGUUGAAGAGCAUGGCCGGAACCUCGCGCCAGAAAGAAGUUUUCUUGUCGUACAUCCAGACUGGAAUAAAGGAACAACCCUUCUCACUGGUGGCAAGCCCAUCGGGGCCAAGGGCUGCUAUGUCGAACCAACCAUCUUCGUAGAUCCGCACCCAGACGCCAAGGUCCUCAGGGAAGAAAUCUUUGGGCCGGUUCUGGUCGUCGUUUGGUUCUCCACUGAGGACGAGGUCAUCAGGCUAGCAAAUGACAACGAAUUUGGUCUAGCUCCCUACGUCUGGACCGCGGAUUUAAGCCGAGCUCUACGAUUAUCGCAGAAGCUUGAGGCUGGGACUGUCAGCGUGAAUGGGGCUGGUGGUUUGCUGCCGAAUGUUCCUAGGGGAAGAUGGAUGCAGAGCGUCCAAGGGACUGAGAACGGCAAAGAGGCUAUGCUUGAUUGGACACAGUUAAAGUCAGUAGCCAUCAAGGGGUAA